AUGGCCAAGCACCAUUUCACUGGUGCUACAACGAAAGCUGAAAGUGCUUUACGUACCUCGCCCAAAAAAAAGAAUGUUGUCAUUCCCAGCUCGGCUUCUCUGUGGCUUUCAUUCUGCUCCAGCUUUUUGCCGAAUCUGCUAGUGAUCGUCGUAGCUGUCGCCGCUGUCUACUUCGAGUUUACGACGAGUGAUUCCUAUGUGCAUUCGCCAGCGCUUUUGUCGCUCCUUAAACGCUCGUUUAUCUUUUGGGCCUGUUUGGCUGCGCGAACUCAACUCACUGACUUCGUGACGCCACCGGAGGUAUCUCGUCGUCCUCCGUCAAUUCGUAAGGAAACGAGUCGCCACGUACGAGCGCUCUUCGCUGCUAUUGCUGCCAAUUUAUUGGGAUCAGCCAUUAUCCGCCCGGUUUUUGGUGCCACACCGCAGUUUGAAGAUACCAUAAGACUUGUUGUGCCCAUUUACUUCCUCGUUGAAAUCGUCGUCGAUGGUCUACAAUUUCCGAUGCCUCUGCUCAAGACAAUCAUAGGCUUGAGUGUUAGCUGGUUAAAGGCUAUCAUGAUCCCUAAACUGGUUAUGGAAUGGCAGUCAAGCACUAAUGCUCAUCCACUCGGAUUCCUUGCCAUCUCCACGGCCAAUUUGUAUGCCAGUGGACUGGUGCUGCGCUAUUUGAAAAACUACGCCAGAACGAACCGUGUGCUUGACUUGUCAAUGAGCGGCAUCGGAAGCAUACUACAGAUUGUUGGAACUAGUGGUGCUAUCGGUGUUGUAGCGUAUGUUGCGAAUUAUUUCAUGUUGCAUGAAGAACGCGUUUUGGAAGCUCGUGUGCUCUACUUUUGCGUGGCUUGGUUCGCACUUCAUAAAUACUGGAAGAAAGCAGUAGGAGAACUGCUGGUGUCGAUGUUCACCUUGCCGACCAAAUCAAAGACUCUGUGA